CCGUACGCGUCGUCCAUGUUCCAUGACUCGAACACAUCUUACCAACGAAAUGACAAAUCGUCGCUAGGCGUCUUUCGUGUACCCGUGACAAAUUUUUUUGGGGGAGAAAAAUCUAUGCGUGCGUUUAUUGCGUAUCGCACACGUACAGAAACGAGGAAUUUCGUAUGAAUGUGUGAGAGUGUUGCUUAAAAAUUGCGCAGAUGUCGGUAUAUCGAGGGGUGUGAAGGCUCGAGAAAGACGAAGAUACGCGAUACGCAAAAGAAACCUUUGCACAAGUUCGUACCUGAAAGGGUAGGUAAACUGACGUCGGACAGAGAACUGUUUCGAAUAAAGUCGAACAGUUUCGAAAAUGGCGGCCAAGAGUGGUGGUAACGAUGAAUGGUCAUCGAUAAUGAAACCAAUAUUAGCGGUAUCGCAAGGAUCGUUCGACAAAACCGAAGUAAUCAAAUUGGCAAAGAGCAUCGUUAAGAGCGAAAGCAAAUUUGUCUCGCUUUGCUUUUCCCAUCGAGAGGAGUAUGAAACGUUUUAUACGUCCGUGGCAGCUCUCGCAGCCGAUUAUCUGGGUGGUUGUGCCAGUACCUUGUCCAAGAGUCAAGUAUCGAUAGUUUGUCAAGCGUGCAGUGUACUUUUACAUCAUCUCGUGGACAAGCUAUCACGGCAUAAAGCUCAACCGGGAGAUGGUAGUUCCACCGUGUUAAGCACAAAGCAACUGCUGCUACCUAUACAUGCUCUUUGCGUCGGCGAAUCUUUACUUUCAUCCUCCGAGGAAGCAGCUCUGUUGGCUAUUACGAGAAACUCCGAUGUACCGUAUUGCGUACAGUCCUCUCCGUCUGAAAGCGAAAAGGAUGCGCCUCAAUGCUCGAAAGACGCUGUUCGACCACGAACCGAUUUAUCUAGCAGCAUUCUGGAACAAUUGACUAUGCCGUUGCAAGAUUACGCGUUGUCCGCACCGCUUGUUGUGGAAAGUACCACCGAUGGAACAGGUAAAACCGCGGCCAACGACGGCGUUGCUAAUGAGAACAAUUCGGAUGUAAAGGCAACCUUCAUCGCGAAUAAUAUAGGUGUCCUUCGGAACAUCGGCGCUGGCGACACGUUGUUGGAUAUGUGUUUGAACCUGCCCCAUUUGUCGCGCUACACUCGAAAGUACCAAGCGUAUUUGAACAAGAAAGGUUUCGUAUUCCCAGCGAAUGCUCUGGAGGCACACGCUAUACGGCACAGUCUGCCUUCCGUAGCUGGCGACAUCAACAUUGUGCACAAUGUGAUGUCGUUGCGUUUGAUGGAACCGUUGACACCGGCCAAAUUGGAAAAGCUAUCGACGUUGACCAUGUCUUGCUUGUACUGUUCGAUCGCGUACGCAACUGCGUCUAGUAUCGUUGGAAUAACGAAUGCCGUAUCGCCGAAAUGCAGCACGAAUACGUCCGUUGGAGCGCAAACCGGUCAGAGCGGUCUGAAGAAUACCGAGGAAGAGUACGAUACACUGGCGAUCACGGUCGUCGAGAAGAGUUUGGAAAUAUUUGGAAUGGUUUCCAACGUGAUCAAGAACAGCACGCGAGCUGGCGGUCACAUCCUGCAAAAUCACUUGCUCAUCGGUGUAUGGCUGUUGGUGGCCGGCUUGCAAGCGCAACUAUCGGUUAGCAGUUUCAGCGCGGCCGACAAGGGAAAAGAAGAAAAGGGAAAAUCACCGAGCAAGGCGCGCGAUGGUACAACGCGACAUCUAAUGAAAGUUCAACAAGGCUUCGGGGUGCUCUCGGUAGCUUUGGCUUCUCACGCGCUCGCGUUGAUGAGCGCCCUUUUGGAAGACGUAUCGGUCGAAGCGGUCAUCGAUCACACGGUUCCACCCGAACCAGCACCUUUAGACAUACUAUCCACUGCCAGCGCGCUUCAAAGAGCGGUUACUUUUCUUCAAGCCGUGCCGCUCAAUCAUCUUUUAUUUUAUUUGGCUACCAUCAGUUACAGGAAGGCCUGCACGUUGAAGAGAGUCCAAAAGCAUCCGUUCGAAGGUGAUGCUCUGAGUCAGUCCGACUCGACGACGUACUACGAGGAUAUGUUAAGUUGUUCGGACAAUACCGACGAAGAGGACAGCGAACCAAUUUUGGGUUUAUGGUUCGAGGAAACCAUCGCUCCUUCGGACGGGUCGCCCGCGAACGGGGCGAAAGAAUCCGGUAACGAAACGAACGUUGAACGUACCGUAACUACCAUCGUUCCUGAUAAUCGUGAACCUCACGGGUACAUAUCAUUGGCCACAAAAAUUUUUCAAUUUAUGAACCAACAUUUGAUCUGUAGUAAAAGUUCGUAUGUGCGCGAGUACGUGGUAAAUGGGCUGGUCGAACAACAGAUGGUGAUAUUAGCGGCAAUCAUCAGAGAAUUGGAUCACGAGACUGCUAGAACGGAAACCGGUGAUUAUCGAUUUUGCACUAUUUCGGUAUUCUACGGCGCCACUUUGGGUGCAAUGUAUUCCGAAUUCUCUCAAGCCUUGAGUCGUUACACGCACAACUUGUUGGCUCGAAAUACGUUGAGCGAAAGUUUACAGAACACCCUUCUUCAGCAUUUGGGUGUGAAUCCAUGGUCCGGAACGGACAGUACGACGUCGUGUACGUGGCCUCUUCAAGUUUACCCGAGAACUUUGAGCGUGUUGGCACAGGUUCUUCUGUUAAAACCGCAAUUGGAGAAAGAAGCAGCUUGCAUAAGUAUUUGGCAUCGUCUUGUCACGACCAUGGUGGAAAAUGUAUGCAAUCCACCUUCUACGUUCGAAACCGAAAACGAAGAUUUGAACGUGGAACACGCGCAGUUGGUGCUGAUUCUGUUUCAUUCGCUGAAUUUGAUGCAAAAGAAAUCGGUUCUGCUCGUAACCGGCAGCGGUGCCGUGCGCUGCAGCGAAGUUGUUAAAACUCCGAUGAAGGAUUCCCAGAUAUUGCACCUGUCGCGAUUGUUACUGUUGCUCGAGUACAUGAUGAAGCAUCUUUACGACGCACCUCCCGCGUUACUGAAGCAGGUUCAGUGGAAUCUGUUCUCGGCCACGAGUUUGGUCUGCGACGCGAAAGACGGUAACAAACAAACCGCUCGAGUUUUCACGCCUUGGGCCGAGAUUGAGGACAACUAUCGAAAGUUCAGCAACCAGGACGAGUUCUCGAUGAAACCUCGGUUCUACAAUCUCUCUACCACGGAUUUCAAUAACCAAGAUACUCCGAAACUGGAUGGACUGGCAUGCAGUUUCAUUCUGGGUGCACCCGAUAAGAUGAAGUAUCCGCUUCUGGUCGACGCACUGAUAGAUAUAUUGAAUGUCCUGAAUCAAACGGACAUGCCAAGGAAGACGGAAACCGAGGGCAAGGACAAAGCGCCAUCGUUCAUGGGACUGUGUGCGAUUCGGUAUUGCUUCUCGAUAUGUUGGAGAUUGUUGCUAAUGUUACCGCCUUCUGCACCGUACAUGGACAAAUUGGCGCUCGGCGAGGAAAUCCCGGCGGGACCGAUGUUACUUCAUUCUCUGAUUUGGGGCCCUAGGGCGGCGUACAAAACUUUCACCCACUGGAUGAAGGACUGUUUGGUCAGGCAAGGCAUGUACACUCAAUACGCGGAAAAUCUUUUGAAGACUGUGUCCUCUACUAUGGUGAUUUCCGUCAAGUACGACGUUACGAUCGCGAAAAAUUGUAUCACCACGUUGAAACCAGAGACGAAUUUUCCCAAUAACGUGAUGCCGAAACAUGCUUUACCGAAACUGAGUUCAUUGUGUGUUCUGGCUGCGAUUGUUGGGAAGCUGCAAGUCCUUUUCGACGAUAGCAUAUCGAAAAGUCAAAACGAGAACAUUGAGAACGCAAAAAGUCCACAGAACUCGGAAUGCGGAAGCACGAACGCAUCGAAAAUGAUCAGCGGUAUUCUUCCCCAUAUUUUUUCGUUGACCGAGUCUAUCUUGACCUCGUGCCGCUCGAGCAUACUUCACCAGAUGUUGGAAUCGUUGGAACAGGACUGUAAAUUCGGCCCACGGGAUUACGUUAUCCUGAACGACAUUGUUGCCAUGGCAGGCGCAAGUUGGACAACUGAUGCGUCUCUGAUCACUUUCUUACCCGCUUCCGUGAAAUCUGUUCUCGACAAAUGGAAAUCGAUCAACGUUGCUCACAUCCCUUGGAAUACUUAUGCGAACGACAUUAUUCCGGCGGAAAGUUACAUAUUGGCAACGGUGAACCAUCACGUGAAAUCGCUGUCCGAAUACCCAACGUUUUCUAUUAAUCCGUCGUUGAAAAGUUUACUGCACAGCUUGGUCACCUUUAUGGCAGAAUAUGUCACGCCUGUCACGGUUCCGAAAAACUCGGACUUGCAUUUUCAAGCCUUGGACAUUUUGAUCGCGCUCUAUAUGGAUAGCCGCACCGAUUAUCUCCAGGUGAUGGCGAGUAAAACUUUAACCAAACUGUUGGGCGACAGCGACAACGAGAUGCGGCAAUUGCGGGAGCAUCUCUACAUCUUGCAUCAGACGUACGAUUUGAUUAUCGAAUAUACGAGCGAAGCUCAAGAACCUGUAAACAUUAUCGUUGACGAAAAGAUUUUAAAACGGUGUAUAAAAUAUUGGGAACAAUUGUUGGAAAAGCCGGUCGGCUGUAUGGCCUUGGAUUUGUUUUUCGCGACCAUCACCAACAAAACUCUCGUCUCGGUUUUACUAUGUGUAACAUCUCCGCAAAUUUCGCGACAAUUUGCCAAUCACGUGUUGCGCUUCUUCAACACGUUAUUCAAAAUGGCCGAAAAAGGAAGCGACGGAUCAGUGGAACGUCUCUGCGGAUCCGUGUUGAAUAUAGCGCAAGUGGAACCCGAAAAGCUACAAAUGUGGUUGAAGCAAGUGAUCUUGGGAGGAACGAGCAUUUCACCGAGCGCUUCUUCGACCAACAUACAGACACCAACGGUAGUAACCUCGAACGCGUUGGUUCUCGUUCCUGGUUCUAGCGACGAUAAACAAAAAUCAGACGAAGUCAACAAUGUACCGAACAAUGAGCAAGUUCAGUGGGCAAUUAUGUUAUCGGACGGUUCGGAGAGCAACAAUCAGUCGACCAGUAUUACCGACGAGCAGCAGCAGCAACAGCAGCAGCAACAACAGCUCCAACAACAGCAUUCUAUGCAUGAAAAUAGCCGACUUUUACGCGCACUUACCAACUAUAUAGUGAAAGAAAAAAGCGGUGUAGACAAGGGUGUACCGGUUGCGAUUCUACAAGCUCUCAUACCACUAGCUUAUCAAAUUCUGUCUCCGACGAUCGAAGGAAACGGUUUCUCGGAACUGAUGAACGUUAUGUCUACGUUGGCCGAUGCCGGUGCCGAGAAGGGACAUUCCUUGUUGUUUAAAGCUGCGACCGAAUGGAUGGAACUAUGUAAGGAACAGUUGAUGAACAAAGACCGGCAGGCGUUGUUGGAUAAACCGUCGGCGUUUCUCGAAGCUGGUUGCUGCAUACUGAACUACAUAGCGGACGUGAUAUGCGCGGUUUCUCCUCGGUCCGUGCACUCGCAGGACAGAGCGACUAGUCCUCCGUGGGAGGCUAGCACGCCCGUCAACGACUUUAACGAUAGCGACUGGGUCGACGACAUUCCGCACGAAGACGAAGAUAGUAUCGCGGAGGAUUCCGACGAGGAUAGUCUUUGCAAUAAACUUUGCACUUUCACCACUACCCAGAAGGAAUUCAUGAAUCAACAUUGGUAUCACUGUCACACGUGUAACAUGGUAGACGGAGUCGGCGUGUGCACCGUCUGCGCUCGCGUGUGUCAUCGUGGACACGACGUGACUUAUGCCAAGUACGGCAACUUUUUCUGCGACUGUGGCGCCAAGGACGACGGAUCCUGUCAAGCCUUGACGAAACGUAGCCAUCAAACGUCGGAGCAUCAGAGCAACGGAACCGCUGAUGCUGGCAACGUGGCCUCUAGCUCGAUCAGCGGUGGUGGUUCCGCCGGUGUCGUUUCCACGAGCUACGCGGGCAACGCGCCCGGAACGUCGCACGAGAACCGAGAUCUUCUCGCGGGCAAUCUACGCAGACGCACCUCCAGUCCCGUGUACUUUUACGACAAGCAAGAGCGACAAGGUCGCGAGAAGCAGAGAACUUGCUAUUUAUCCGAGCAGCUAGAAGCAUCCAAGGAGUGGAUACACGGACACUUGUGGAAAAGCGGCCUGGUGCCGUCGUUGGUGGAACUAGCGCGCGCGUUGGUACCGACCGUGGAUGCGUUUUGUCAGAAAAAUUCAGCAGUCGGUUGUCACGCACGUGCCCAAAUGGCACUGAAAUUGUUGCAUACUCUCGAUAAAAAGUUUGAAUACACGGAUCAGUUGAUGCUUCCCACGUUGGGUUCGCAAGAGGGCGCGUUCGAAAAUGUUCGAAUGCAUUACUCCGGCGAUCAAGGACAAACCAUCAGACAGCUGUUGAGCGCGCACAUUAUCCGUCGGGUUGCAAUGUGUUGCUUGUCGUCGCCGCACGGUAAAAGGCAACAUCUGGCGGUCUCGCACGAGAAAGGGAAAAUAACGGUGCUGCAGCUGAGCGCGUUACUGAAGCAGGCCGAUUCGUCCAAGAGGAAGUUGAUUCUAACUAGACUCGCCUCUGCUCCUGUACCGUUCACCGUUCUGUCGUUGACCGGUAAUCAAUGGAACGAGGACUUUCUGGCGGUGUGCGGUUUCAGAGAUUGUCACGUGCUAACCUUCAACACUUCGGGAACGGUGUCGGACCAUUUGGUGUUACAUCCUCAAUUGGAAACCAACAAUUUCAUCAUAAAAGCAAUCUGGUUACCCGGCUCUCAGACUCAAUUGGCGCUGGUCACGGCAGACUUUAUAAAAAUCUACGACCUCGGAAAAGACGCGCUCUGCCCGCAAUAUUACUUCCUCGUGCCGACCGGAAAGAUAAGAGACUGUACGUUCAUGCAUUCGGAAGACGGUGUUUUCUAUCUGUUGAUCAUGUCCUCGGCGGGUUACAUUUACGGGCAAGCCAUGGACGAGGAGAGUUCAGCGAAACACGGCCCUUUCUACGUGACCAACACUUUGGACGUGUAUCACCCGGAGAUCAAAGAUAUCGGACACGUCGGCGGCGGCGGUGUAUCUAUUUACUAUUCGCAUGCAUUGCAGUUGCUGUUUUUCAGUUACGCGUGCGGAAAAAGCUUCAUAGCGCCCUUGAAAUACAUGACCACCGACGUGACCAAUGUAUUUCAAAUCAACCUUGCCGGCCAUAAAAGUACAAACGGCAACAAAUCGAACAACAAUCAGCCGCAACCGUUGUGUCAGUGGAGCGAGGUGCCGAAUCAUCCCGGACUGAUUUGUUCGGUUUUACAAACGAGCAACAAUCCGGUAAUACUGAUGAUCAAACCAGACACGAUAAUGAUCCAGGAGAUCAAAGUGAUCCCCGCCAAGGCGAAAAUAAUGGACAUGGUGGCGAUAAGGCAUCCUAGCUCGAACGCCGAACAACGAACAACUUUGAUAUUGUUGUGCGAAGAUGGAAGUCUGAGAAUUUAUGUGGCUGGAAUGGAACAAACCGGAUACUGGAUGCCAACCGUGCAACCGAUAGGCGCGAUUGCCACCGUGAAACCAACGAGGAAGAAGAAAGUCACGAAAACGGUGAAAACUCCGGGUUCCGUGACCUUCCCCAUCGACUUCUUCGAACAUUGCCAAGUGAUGAACGACGUCGAAUUUGGCGGCAACGAUUUGCUACAAAUUUAUAACGUCGCGCAAAUAAAACACAGACUGAACACCACCGGGAUGUACGUAGUUUCCAUGAAAGCAUUAGGAUUUAACGUCGAAGUCACCAAUAAUGAUGCAGGUUUAGUUAUGACGGGAAUCAGAGUGCUUCUUGGAAGUCAAGAUGUUCAGAGAGCGCCUCUUUAUAUCGAGGUAUUGGGCAGAAUACUCUAUACGACCGUAACGAAAAGCCGUUGGUUCGAUAUUCCUCUGACUCGAGAGGACAGUCUUCAAGCCGACAAAAAGUUGACCAUCACUUUCGGGCCGUCGCAGGAUCCCGAGGGCGUCACCAUCGUGGACUCGAUUAAAAUAUACGGAAAAACGAAGGAAGCGUUCGGUUGGCCCGAGGAAAUAGAAGAUACGCCGACUGGUCAAACAACGGCUGCUCCGGUAGCUACGAUAAACAGCGACUCGGACAAUGCGAUCGCUGCGCCAACUCCGUUGUCUUCCGUCGAUAGCUUCACGAAGGAGAAUUUCUUUAAUAUCGAAAGACUGAUCGCGGGCAUCCUGGAGUGUAUAGAGCUGUCUUUCGAUGUAUCUUCGAACGAGGAGAACAGAUUGCCGUUGAAAGCUACAGCCAUCGACGUUGCUUCCCGACUGUUGAUAUUGCCCACUCCGCCGGCGGUGCAAAUGCAUACGACCGCGCUUCUGUCUUCUCUGCAUCCAUCCAAACAAGCUUAUCAUUUACACAAGGAUCACAUACUAUUAACCCAUGUACUGGAUUCCUUGAAGCCGAUGAGAAAACUGAGCGAUGCGCGAGACAUAGACGCGAAAAACUUUUACAGGCUUGUGCUGAUCGUGCGAAGCAUUUCCGUUUCGCGACCACAGAAUCUUGCCAAGUUCACCGAGCAAUACACGAAUAAGCCGAUAGAUGAAACUGACGUGCCAAUUUUCGAGAAAGAUCGGCAGAGUCAGAUCGGUCAGCCUUCCAGAAGCACGGACGAAAAACAACAGCAUUUAGUCGUGCAGCUGAUGGACAUACUGUGGGCACUGCACAUGGCCUAUCCGAAAAAUAUGGCCUUGGCGCCGGUGGUUGUUCCGGGAUUGACGAACGCCGAAGGAACGAUACACGCGAUUGUGGAAAUAAUUCACGCGUUUGCAACCUGCGAUGUCGAGAGAAACGUUCCCUUGGCCGCAAAACUGUAUUUGCAAUUGUUACUUUCGUCGGAUCCGACAGUUAGCUUCAGUGCCAAGCAGGCGAUAAUUCGUGUUCUCAGAUUGAGGUACAAGAGGAGAAGAGUUUAUAUACCGAGCCCUCCGAAUUGCAGCACGCCAGGGGCGAUCGCGGACUCGGAGGAGAAGCCGGAAUUGCCGUCCGCUCAAUCGCAUCGAGAAGCUGCUACUGCCACAGCAGCAACCUCAACCGCCGCCGCCGCCGCCGCCGACACCGCCGCCGACACCGCCGCCGACACCGCCGCCGACACCGCUGCGGCAUCGACUGUGGAUCGAGAGGCGGAGCAACAUUUGCCCGGGGACGUCGAAUCGGUGGUGUCGGUGAUGCCAGCCAUGUCAUCCGUCGCUACCCCGAGCAGUUCCACCGCUGGCAGAAGUUCCGCGGCUAGUAGCCGAGGACCAACUGCAAGAGGAAUAAUAAACUCGUUGGAAACAUUUCUCGGAAACAAUUUGAUUCCGGACUUGCCGCGGGAUUUUCCAACCGCCAUGAUGGAAAUUGCGAUGGCACUUAGCGUGGAAGACCAAGGAGGAGAACUCUCCGAUAUGCAUGCUUUGAUACAAGGAUUCCGGCGAAACAUGAUCAUGUUGCAAGGUUUCGCACCAGAAGGGUCAGCCCAGGCUCCACUCGUAAGGCGGUCUGACACGCAGGCUCUCGAACUUUAUCUCGGUGGAGAUUAUUCGGAUACGAUUGCUUCCGCUGGAGGGUCGGACGACGAAAGAUCUACGGCCGCUACCGACGGUAGCACUUUGCGAACAUCCCCGGCAGAGCAAGGUGGUAGUGGUGGUAGCAAGGGUAGCGAGAGCGGUGGAAGCGAGAGCGGAGGAAGUGCCGUAGACAGCAUGACAGGAGAGCAUAACGUAUCGGGACGGAGUUCCGCAUACGGGGACAAUGUUCCCGAUUCUGUACCUCCGAUGGGAGGAAUUGGAGUCGAUCAAACGCCACGUUCCGAAAUUAAUACAGUGGGCCAUCACGCGACUUUCACCGCCACCGAACAGGAGGAAGGAACGGAACAGGAACACACUACCGAACAAGAAAACGAUACAGGUUGCGAAACCUCGGCGAAAUUGUACACCGUUCGAUUAUUGUUGCUCGACAAGUUUGUACAGUUUAUACCACAUUUAACGAACGUGCCCGGUGUGAUGGCCAUACCGUUCAUGCAGGUUCUGUUAUCAUUGACGGCACACCUCGACGGUCAAGAAGAGAAGGACAAAGCAUGCGUCGAACGGUUGCUACGAACAUUGGUAAAGGAAUUGGAUCUGGAUAAGCCAGAUACGAAUAAUAUAUGUCAGCGUAACAACAAACGGGAGGUUCAUUUGGUUAUUAUACGAUUCCUGAGCAUUCUAAUGUCCCGUUGGAAGUGUACCGCGAAAACGCAAUCAGAAAAUUCAAAUUCCGUUUCACAAAUGGCUGCUACGAUACUUAGUAAAGCAGGAAUAAUCGACUAUUGUCUGACGCUGUUGAAAGCGUUGUUAGAAUAUUGGAAAACGACCUCGACGGAAGAAUCGACCGGGACUAUCCUCGGUGGUCAGUUGCUUAAGGAGCACCUCACGACUUCUCCUCCGAACAUGUCACCGUUCUUUUUACGUCAUUACAUCAAAGGACACGCCGGUGACGUGUUCGAACCGUAUCCACAGUUGUUGACCGAGAUGGUGUUACGCUUGCCGCAGCAAGUUCACAAACACGCGGAAAACACAGGUGCCCAACCUGCCUUUGAACAGCCUUGGUACUUUUACCUAUGCGAAUAUAUGAUGUCUUAUCAGACGCCAUGCGUCAGACGGCAAGUGCGCAAGUUACUUCUUUUCAUUUGCGGCAAUAAAGAAAAGUACAGACAGCUGCGCGAUUUGCACGCGUUAAUUUCACACGCUCAGUCGGUGCAACAGUGCUGCGCCGCCGGCGGUUUCGAUCCCUCUCACACGCGACCACACUCUAUUAACUUGCCUUACGACUCUUUAGUAGAAUUGAUCGAACAUUUGAAAUGCUGUGUCGAAAUUGCUACCAGCCGGACUGGAAACUGGCAGCGGUUUUGCUUGAAGCAAAACACAGUGUUGUCGUAUCUGUUCACUGUGUCGACGCUAUUGGACGAAGGUGUCAGCCCUACGGUGUUGCAACUGUUGCAAUGCGCUAUAUGUUUAAGCAACAAAACCAAGGAGCGGAAAGAGCCGAAAACGAAGGAGUCGAAACUGGGUAGCACGGGGACAACGAAGGAAAGGCGAGAACGCGAAAACUCGGAAGACUCGGACACGGAAGAAGCGAAAUUCGAGGAAGCCAGGUGCCUGGCUCUAGUGGAGCAAAUUCAAAAGCAAGUGGCGCCAAGCUCGUUGACUAAAUUUAUUCAGGCGUUUCUGCUGGAGACCAACAAUACCAAUGUCCGGUGGCAGGCGCACUCUCUGAUACUGGCCAUCUAUAAGAAUUGCAGCGCAGACGAUCAAGAGGUAUUGCUGGAUCUGUUAUGGAGACUAUGGCCUCUUCUGCCUAGCUAUGGUCGGAAAGCUGCGCAAUUCGUGGAUUUGCUCGGCUACUUUUCGUUGAAGACACCUCGCACCAGCAAGAAGAUGCAUACUUACAUGGAGCAAGCGGUCGCGGUGUUGCGCGCACAAAACCAGUUGCUGGCUAGACAUCCGAACGCGAAUCUGUACGCGAAUCUCGCUCAGUUCGUCGAACUGGAUGGCUACUAUUUGGAAAGCGAGCCCUGCUUGGUUUGCAACAACCCCGAAGUUUCCAUGUCGACGAUUAAAUUGUCUUCCAUCAAGGUCGACUCAAAGUUCACGACGACCACUCAGAUCGUAAAACUGGUCGGAAGUCAAACGAUCAGUCGGAUCACUCUUCGCAUAAGUGAUCUGAAGCGGACGAAGAUGGUGCGCACGAUCAACAUAUAUUACAACAAUCGGUCGGUCCAGGCGGUGGUGGAGUUGAAGAAUAAGCCCGCCAUGUGGCACAAAGCGAAGAAAAUUACGCUGGCGCAGGGUCAAACGGAGAUCAAAAUCGAGUUCCCGUUACCGAUCGUCGCGUGCAAUCUGAUGAUCGAGUACGCCGACUUUUACGAGAACAUUCAAGCUUCCUCCGAGACUCUGCCGUGUCCGCGGUGUUCGGCGAACGUCCCGGCGAAUCCGGGUGUCUGCGCCAACUGCGGGGAAAACGUGUUUCAGUGUCACAAGUGCCGCGCGAUCAAUUACGACGAGAAAGACCCUUUCCUCUGUCACGCCUGCGGUUUCUGUAAAUACGCGAAAUUCGAUUACACCCUCACCGCGAGGCCUUGCUGCGCUGUCGACCCGAUCGAGAACGACGACGACCGGAAGAAGACUGUGGCGACGAUUAACGCGUUACUCGAGAAGGCCGACCGAGUGUACAAAACUUUGAUUUCCAAUAAGCCGACUUUGGAAAUGUUACUGGUCAAGAUAUCCGAGCAUCGUUUGGAUCGCGGUUUGGACGAGGGGACCGCGGGUGGCGGUAUACAGGUGUCCAGCGGGAGUACGCAAGUGAACAGGGCCAUACAGCUGCUCGCUCAGAAAUAUUGCGGCGAGUGUAAGACAUCUUUCGAAGAAUUGAGCAAAAUUAUACAGAGGGUGUUGGCGUGUCGGCAAGAACUCGUGGCUUACGAUCGUCAGCAACGAGGUCAAACGGUCGUGUCGAGCUGUUGCGCCGCGCCGCUCGCCAGCGAAUCGUCCGCGGCGACUCUCGCCAGAGAGGAAUCCUCGUCGGGAAUGAUGGAAAGGGAAACGAUGGCGGACAGGGCGGACAGAGCCGACGGUGCCGACGGGGGCGAUGGAGCCGAAGGGAGCGAUGGAGCCGACGGGGGCGAUGGAGCCGAUGUGGCCGACGCGGCCGACGCGGCCGACGGUGCUGACGCGAGCAAUGUCGGCACGAGCGCCGCGUUCGCCGCGUCCGAGGAGGCGACAGCUCAACCCGUCGUCCCCGCGAGCGUCGCUCCGCAAACGGUUGGUCGUUGCUACGGGUGCGCAACCGCAGCCACGGAGCACUGUCUGACUCUUUUGCGCGCUCUCGCCACCAAUCAAGGCGCCAGAGAGGUUCUUUGUAAGCAAGGUCUGAUCCAAGAGCUCGUCGAGCAUAAUCUACGCAAAGGUACGAUGCAGAUGCAGGAGGAGGUUCGUCAGCUGCUGUGCCUAAUCACCAGAGACAAUCCGCAGUCCAGCAAAGAAUUGUGCUCGCUGUUGACCGGACGCAUCACUUUGACCCUUCGCGGGCGGGUGCCCACGUUGGACCUGUCGGUGGCGGUGCGACACGAAAUGGCGUUGUUGGCGGCUCUCGUUCAGAAAGAAGACACCUGCUGGGAACAAAAGUUGCGGUGCGUGAUGCAGUUGUUCCUGAUGGCGUGCAAAGAGUCGAAGAACCCCGUUGUAAUGGAGAGCAUCAUAGUGCCGUGUCUAAAGAUACUCCAGAGGCUGAUGAAACCGGAGCAUCCGGUACUGAAGAAGGGCAAGGAGAAAGCUGCGGAAACGUUGGCGAUUGUGCAGCCGCCCGAGGGCAUCACCAUCGACGUGAACAAGUGGCUGAACGGAGACCCGAAACACUCGUAUUCCGAGUGGAUUCGUCGCAUGCCGAGGAAGAAGACUGCUCCGCCGUCCGUGAAACCGUUGCAAAAGGAGGAGACACGCGUGCUCUAUCUAAUGGAGAAGUACGGGCACCGAUGGCGCAAUCGUUGCGCGAGGCAACAGGGCGUGCAACCGCUGAAACUGGCCGACGGCGCUUGGUUGAAGGAGGUACUGUUCAAUCCCAGUUCGCGACUCGCGCGGCAGGUCGCCUGCUAUAUGAUCGAGAGCCUUUGCCAAGGAACGGAGCGCAAGAAGGAGGUGCUCGUGCUGCUGACCUGCUACCUGGAGGAGUUGCGCACAGCCGGCGAGAGCAGCACCGAAUUUCUCUCGCUGUACGAGAGCUUGAUCAGGCAGCCUCCGUGGAAGCAGUUCUUGGCUGUACGGGGCGUCAUGACUUUGCUCGCAGACCUCUUGACCAAGGAAAUCGAGCAGCUGCACCGACUCGAGGAAACCACGCUGACCAGUGAUUUGGCGCAAGGUUACUCCUUGAAGAUGCUGACGGUACUGCUGGCGACGUUCCUCGAGCAAGAAAACAUCAAGCAACAAUACAAAGGGCGGCUGGUGGGAGCCGUGCUGAACGGUUAUCUGUCGCUGCGAAGGCUGGUGAUCCAACGGACGCGACUCAUCGACGACACGCAAGAAAAGUUGCUCGAACUGCUCGAGGAAAUGACAACCGGCACCGAAGAGGAGACGAAAGCCUUCAUGGCCAUCUGCGUCGAGACCGUGCAAAAGUACAGCAUCGAAGACGUGCGCACGCCAGUGUUCAUCUUCGAGAGGCUCUGCUCGAUCAUUUAUCCGGAAGAGAACGACAUCGGAGAGUUCCUGCUCACUCUCGAGAAGGACUCGCAGCAAGAAGAUUUCCUUCAGGGCAGAAUGCUCGGCAACCCGUACAGCAGCCUGGAGCCCGGAUUAGGGCCGUUGAUGCGAGACGUGAAGAACAAGAUUUGCCAAGAUUGCGAGUUGAUCGCUCUGCUGGAGGACGACAACGGAAUGGAGCUGUUGGUCAACAACAAGAUCAUCAGUCUCGACCUGCCGGUGGAGGAGGUGUACAAGAAGAUCUGGCUGUUGGAGGGCGGAGGGUGCGAUUCGAUGCGGGUGGUGUAUCGAGUGCGGGGGCUGCUCGGGGACGCGACCGAGGAGUUUGUCGAAAGCUUGAACGCCAACAGCGAACAGGAAGUGAACAACGAGGAAGUCUACAAGAUGGCGAACGUGCUGGCGGAUUGCGGAGGGCUGCGGGUCAUGUUGAACAGAUUGGCCGCCAUACAGGACGUGAAUCGAGCUCGACCGCUUCUUCAGGUUCUCCUGAAACUGUUCCGACUGUCGGUCAAGGUGAAGAAGAACCAAGAGGUGCUGAGCAAGCCCGAGCUGGGAGCUAUAACCGUGUUCCUGGACGUGUUGCAGCGUUGCCUCGAGACCGAAUCGGAGAAUUCGCAAGCCAAGAUCACGGAACAGUUGUUGGAUAUCAUGGAGACGAUUCUGACGUACGCGGCCUCGCAACCGUUGUCGAGUUUCGAGGCUUUCUCUCACACCUUGGGCGGGCCCGAGCACAUCAAGGCGCUCCUCUCUUGCACUCAAUCGACGGCUGUCAGGCAGAGUAGCAACGUGCUCGCGCACCUCGCGCGAGUGCUCGCCGCGCUGACCUACGGCAAUCGGGAAAAGAUGGCUUUGCUGUGCAACUACUUCGAACCCGUGUUGAACAUUUAUAAAUUCGACUUUGAGCAUUCGCUGGAAGACGAACAGAAGCUCGAACUGUUCUGCGUCCUCACCCAAGCUAUCGAGCGCAACGCUAUCGGAAACACUCUGAAGGACUACAUAAUAAGCAUGGGCAUCGUCAAGGACGCUUUCGAGUACAUAACUAUUCACUUGCCUUGCGUCAAGCCGACGCUGCUGCGAACCGAUAGCGACGAACUCAAAGAUUUUAUAUCGAAACCGGCGCUCAAAUACAUCCUACGAUUCCUCACCGGGCUGGCGACCGACCACGAGCCGACGCAACUGGCGGUAUCGCAAAUCGCGAUCAGUAUAAUACAUAGACUGGAGCAGGUAUCGUCGGACGAGCAUGUCGGUUCGUUGGCCGAGAACCUCCUGGAAGCGUUGUGCACGAACAAACGUGUCGCCGAACUGAUCGAAGAAGCCCGGCAACACACUCGUAGCGAGAAGAAACGCUUGGCAAUGGCGAUGCGAGAAAGACAACUGGGCGCGUUGGGUAUGCAGACCAACGAUAAGGGUCAAGUGGUGGCCAACGUGACGAUUCUUCAACAAAUGGAAGAUCUGGGCGACGAAACGGGACUGGUUUGCGUCAUCUGUCGCGAGGGAUACAAAUUCAAGCCAAACAUGGUUUUGGGCAUUUACACGUUCACCAAGCGCUGCAACGUGGAAGAAUUCGAGACGAAGCAGAGGAAAACGGUAGGAUACACGACCGUUACGCAUUUCAACGUGGUUCACGUGGACUGUCACAUGUCGGCGGUAAGAUUGGCGCGCGGCCGCGACGAAUGGGAGAGCGCAGCCCUGCAGAACGCGAAUACCAAAUGCAACGGGCUUCUACCGCUGUGGGGACCCCAGGUUCCGGAGUCAGCUUUCGCCAGCUGCUUGGCGAGACAUAAUACCUAUUUACAAGAAUGCGCUAGUCACCGCGAUAUCUCGUACUCCUCGACCGUGCACGACUUGAAACUAUUGUUACUGCGAUUCGCUCAGGAGAAAAGCUUCCACGAGGACACCGGAGGCGGAGGACCCCAGUCGAACAUGCACAUGGUUCCCUAUUUGAUCCACAUGGCACUCUACGUGAUUAACACUACACGAUCCGCGGCGCGAGAAGACAAAACGCUAACAGGAUAUUUAGAAACACCUCCCACCUCCGCCUGGCUCGAAAGCUGCUAUGAAGCGGAAGGACCGUUUUAUCAGUGCACGAUGUCUCUUCUGCUCCUCACGCCGGCUCGUUGGAAAGCGUAUAAAAUCAAUCACCUGAACAGAUUGAUCGUUCUCGCCCAUCAACGUUACGUUUCACCCUCGGCUGCCACCAAGACUAUCGUGGACAUUACAGUCAAGGAUUACACAGCAUAUAAAAGCGCUUUGAUAUUCUUUGGUCUAGUCGAUUGUAUUUAUGCAAACUUCUUCAAGAAAGUUAACGUGCUUUCCGACGACCAGUGGCCUUCGGUUCUAGCUGAAUACAUUAGACACAACGACGAAGCCAUGCUGAAAGCUUCCGAACGUGUGCUAGCUACUUAUCGCGACGAACUGUUACCUUGUACAUCCUUUGAAGAGUUCUGCGAUGUUGUCGGUUUAUUGGAAGAAAUAAUGAAUCCUUCUACCUACAUAAGUGACAUUCUACAAAGUCUCGGUUAGCGAAUAACCCAUGAAAUAAUACGAAUAGGUGAAUUUAAUUAAAUUGAAAGAAAAAGAUGGUUCUUUUACAUAAAUGUAAUAACACUUGUCCUCAAAAUGUCCGGUUUUUCUCUGUUUGUUUGUUCUUUUUUUUUCUUUUUGUUAUUCUUUCGUUUGUUUCGGCUUCGUAAACAUUAUCAUCGCGUUCGUCUGCCCUCUCAACUCCUUCGUCGAGUCUCGACUACUAUCGGCUAAAGGAAAAUGCAGUUAAUAUUCUCGCUUUGUAAAUUGCGAGUUAACUUGCUUUCUGUAGAAGAGAAAUCCAUUUACUGUAUUAUCGCGCGUGUUGUGUUACUCAGCUCUGUAAUUGUACGUUGGAAAAACAAGUCUGUGCUUUAAUAAAAUAUCAAAUAUU